CAGCUGCUAUGGAGCCUGUUCCGGCAAUUGUAUGUGUCUUCCCAAAGCGUGGAAGACGUGGAUAUAGUGGUCAUUGGUAACUGACCUGCAUCAGGCCGCGGAUUCAUCAGUAACGCCCAGCGACUCCCAGUUCAACAACGGAUUUGAUCCAGAAGAUGAAUUCGCCCAGACGCGGGGACCCGAUGACUUGUUCGACGACGAUUUCACCCCCAUGACCGAACCGGUUAUUGAAGCCCAGCCACAACCUCCACCUGAACCCUUACUACCGGAACCCGCCGAGCCUAGAAAACCCAAGGGCGCCCGAAGAGGAGGUGCAACGGGAGUAAAUGGCCAAGGCAAAGGGGAAAGCCCUGCGAGCGCGGGAACACCUGAUGUGGCGAAGCAAAUCGCGAAUGCCACCAGAGCAUCGGCAGUCAGGGGGGAUCGUUCAGCGACAGGUGGCCCUAAGCGACUUACCGAAGAAGAACUGUCGGCAAAAUUGCAAGCCAUGCAGCUAAAAAACGAAUCGCUGCUCGCCGCCCACGCUCGCGCCGAGGCGGACCUGGCAUCAUUCGAGGCGCGAGAAGCCGAGGCGGCCCGAAAACAAGUUGUCGACCGACAGAACCGACAGCAGAUGAUGGGGGAGCGGGAGCGAAACCGACAACGGAAACUCAAAGCGGUCGGAGGACGAGAAUGGGAUGCCGAGAAGAAAGAGGAAGACUUCGCCGAAUCCCGUCGCGUGGCCCGAAGGGGAGCACACGGUGGUGUGGUGGGUGGGCAUCCGGCCUCGGCGGCGCCGGAGGAUGGCGGUGCCGAAGAUGGAUCAAGGUCUUAUGCCUCGAGAGGUCGUGGCCAAGGGCGAGGGAGGGGGAGAGAGGGACGGGGUGGGCGAGGAGGCCGAGAUGUUAGCCGCGGGGGGGAGAAAUCUGUGAAGGAGAAACAGCAGGCGCCUCCAACCGCAUCGGAUUUCCCCGAUCUCCCUGCCACCUCGAAGGACACAGAACCUGAAGUGAACCCUCCGACGAAACUAGAGUUUCCCAUAAAGCCAGCUAACGACGCGGAGAAGGUGGCAAUCAUCGACAAAUCAAAGGCAAACGCAACCAACGAUACCGACAUUCUCACAACCCUGUCGCCUGCGGGGGAGAAGAAAUCCUGGGCUGAUCAGGUGGAGGGAACAUUAUCGCCGUAAUGGGCCUCCGCUUUGCUGGACCGCAAAAGUUUUGGAUUGCCGUCUUAUGAGCAGUAGUAGCAUUUGGAGUAGUCACGUUGGCAUUUCGUUAUAGUCCACGUUACCUAGUUAAUGGCAUUGAUACCCCAACCAAACACUCGAAGAUACGAAGCGCAAGCAGGUGGCUAACGUAUCAUGGUAUUACGAA